UUAGUCGAACAAUAUAAAUUCAGGUACGAAGUUCGAUAUGAAGAAGGGCAAGAAUGCGGUGGAGGAUAUUUGAAACUGCUGAGUAAGGGUGCCGAAAAAAGUCUCACAGCUGUUCAGGAUAAGACACCGUACACUAUCAUGUUUGGUCCAGAUAAAUGCGGAGCCACCGGCAAAGUCCACCUUAUUUUCCGCUACACAAAUCCGAAGAACGGGUCAACUGAUGAAUAUCACGCCAAACAACCCUCAGAUAUUGGAACAAAUUAUUGGGAUGAUCACCAGACCCAUUUAUACACUCUAGUUGUGAAGCCGGAUGGAGCUUUUUCGGUUUCUGUAGACCAGAAGCAAAUUAUGUCCGGAAAUAUGCUCAAUGAUCUUGUGCCAUCGCUUAAGCCUCCGAAAGAGAUUGCAGAUCCCAAUGAUAAGAAGCCAGCUGAUUGGGAUGAUAGAGCUGAGAUUGAAGAUGAAUCAGCCGUGAAACCUGAUGAUUGGGAUGAGAGCCAACCACGUGAGGUAGUGGAUGAAACGGCAGUGAAACCUUCAGAUUGGCUUGAGGACGAGCCAGAGCUUAUCCCCGAUCCAGAGGCAUCAAAACCAAGUGACUGGGACAACGACAUGGAUGGUGAUUGGGAACCUCCAAUGAUUGAUAAUCCUGCUUGCAAAGGUGUAAGCGGGUGUGGUCCAUGGAAGAAGCCUCUGAUCCCUAAUCCACUCUAC